UACAAAGAAAGUAAUUAAUUUUUUAUUUGCCUAAUUUUACAAUAUAAUAAUUAUUAUUUUUCAGGAUUUAAAACCUGCAAAUCUACUGAUUGAUUCAUUGGGACAUCUUAAAAUAGCCGACUUCGGACAAGCUCGAUUGUUUGAGAGGGAGGGUGACAGAUUAUACAGUCACCAAGUAGCUACGAGAUGGUACAGAGCACCUGAAUUAUUAUAUGGAGCUCUCAAAUAUGAUGAAGGAGUGGAUUUAUGAUAAUCUUCACACAGGGCCAUAGGAUGUAUUUUUGGUGAAAUGCUAAACAGAUUUCCUUUGUUUCGAGGAGAAAAUGACAUUGAGCAAUUGUGUUUAGUUCUUCGUGCACUUGGAACUCCAACAGAAGAAAAUUGGCCCGGUUUGACUGAAUUACCGGAUUAUAAUAAAAUAAUGUUUCCCAAUUAUACUCCUAUGAAUUUUGAGGAAUUAAUUCCGGAAGCAUCUGCAGAUGCAUUGGAGCUGUUGAAAUCAUUUUUAGUUUACAAUUCUAAGAAACGGUUAGCAGCAGAUCAGGCUUUAAUACAUGAGUAUUUCUUCAUGCAUCCAUUACCUUCCUGUUGCUGCAAGUUACCAAAGCCUGGGAAUUAUAAACAAACAUCAAAUGUUAAUACAUCGUUCGAUCAAAUUGUUGCCAUGUCCAACAUUAACAAAGAAAUAGAAGAAGUCUUAGCUAGAAUGCAACAAUUGUGAAUUAGUGAAUAUUGUUCUUAUAAUGUAAUAUUUAAUAUUCUGUAUAUAUAAAUUGUUAAAUAAAUUUAAAUGGAGUAUUAUUUUUAUUUUAUAUAAUACAAAAUAAUGAUUGAUAAAUUAUUCACUCAUGCUUAAAAGUAAGCAAAAUUAUCCUAUCCAUAAAUAGAAGUGCAGAUACAUGAUUCUUGUUGAACUGGAAUCUGGAGUGAGAAACCCAAUAUAAUGCCAUUAACAUUGUGGAAAUAGAUUUGUGUACCUGUGGUUAAUAUGGUUUGGAAUGAUGCUUCAAUUUGUACAAUUUUUGUAAAUAUAUUGGAAAAACAGAUAAUCUUUGUAGUUUUAAAACUGAAGUGAACUUAUAAAGUAGCCAGACGUCCCAUAUUGUAUGAGACCAUUCUGUAUUGUUUGUUGGAAUGUCAAAAUGUCCACAUACCAGGACUUCCUGGAAAAAUGUCCUGUAUUUUGAAGAAUCUUGAGGAAUUUUCUGUUUAGAAUACUGGCCCUUUUUAAAAUCACAUAUCUGUAAGUAGCUACUGUUAAUUAGUUUUUAUUAUUAUAUACAAUAUAUUGGGAUGAGGUGUAAGUAAAUUUUUUGGCAUCCCGACCCUUCUGAUUGGUGGUGCACAUCUUAAUUGCAAUGUAAUCAAGGAGGUGGUUGUUGAAAAAAAUAAUAAUAAAGUUGUAUGGUAAUUUGCUGUUUACCAGUAAAUUGUGGCCUUACUACUUUUAUUUAUGAUAUACGCAAGUGGUUUCAUAAGAAGUAUGGCCAUGAAUAUGGAACACACUAUAUAUAGGUUAUAUAUAAUGUGACCUAGAGCUAUAUA